AUGGGCUCUGUCUCUCUCUUGCAGAACAGCUUUCUGGCUUUCCUUGUUGCAACAAGCAUCAUAGUGACACUGGGUGAUGCAUACUGCUUUUCUAAACUGAACAAGCCAGGGGAGACUGACAAAGGCUGUGUCCUGGAAGGAAAAAUCUAUCCCUUCGGAGAAAUUGCAAGGACAGAGAAUUGUUUCAGAUGCAGCUGCAGCCGAGAUGCAAUGCGUUGCUGCUCCCUCUUUCAUACUCCUAUUGGUUAUGACAAAGAGAAUUGUAAAGUUGUUUUCAACAAGGAAAGCUGUGACUAUGAUGUGGUGCAGAGGAGUGACGCCUCAAAGGAGUGUUUUGUCUAUUCUCGUGUGGGCUAA